GAAAUCCUUUCCCUGUCUCCUUCUUUUUCUUUUAUUUUUUUUUUUUAUUUCAUUGAGCCUAAUCGUUUUAUUAAUGACUUCAUACCAAAACACGCCUUCUGAUCUUCACGCAACAAAUCGUAAUGGAGUUACUUUAACAAGAGAUGAUUUGUUAAUGCUUGCUCAAGCCGAAUAUGCCAGACAAAUAUGCAAAUAUACAAAGGCUCAAUUAGAGCAAAAGAUACCAAAUCAUACUAGCAUACAUCAAUCAUUAUCAUCUACGACCUCUUCUUCGUCAUCAUCAUCAUCCUAAUAUCGAUUCCCUUUUGUACAUAGUCCUUUACUGUAAAUAGUUCCAGAACUCGAAAAAAAAAAAUAGACGUUGC